AUGAGGGCCUGGGCCUUGGAGGGGCCAGUCUUGCUCUCCAUCAAACCCGGGUGGGGGUCUCCUGGCUCCCAUAAGGGUCUGGAGAGGUUGUUGGAGGGGGUGGUGAGGGUCCCUGCAGAUAUCGUCCUCUUAGUUGACAGCUCUGAAGCUAUGGAAAAUUCCUCUCUCCCGUAUGUGAAAGAAUUUAUGAUCCAAAUGAUCAACAGCCUACCAAUAGGGCCUAAACAAUUUCGGCUAGCACUUGCUCAGUACAGUGACAACGUCUCCUUUGAAUUUAUGCUGGACACUUAUGGAACAAAGAGCUCUAUGGUGAACCAUAUCAAGAAGAACUUUACAUUCACUGGGGGGAGUUCAGUGCAAACUGGAACCGCCCUCCAAAAAGCUUAUGAGAUGUAUUUCAAAGCACCAGCUGAUGGAACAGACAGAAAUCAGGUUUUAGUGGUCCUGUCUUCAUUGCCUUCUGAUGAUGACGUGGAAGAGCCCGCCAAAAUGUUACAAGACAAUGGAGUAAAAGUAAUAGCAUUGGGGAUACGUGAAGCUGUGAAACAACAACUGAGCUUGAUGGCUACGCAGUCAUUCUCUUAUUAUUUUCCUAAGGAAUGGGAACUCCCUAUGUUUUCUCAAAACGUCUCCAAUAUUAUUGCAGGGUUCCAAAUGGACAGGGUCACAACUGAAGUAGAAGCAUGCGAUAGAGACUUGGUUGCUGAUGUUGUGUUCAUAGUUGAUCAUGGUACUUCGAAGUCAAAUUUUGAAGAUUUAAAAAAAUUCCUGCAAAACCUAAUAUCCUCUUUUGAUGUGAAGCAGAAAUGCAUAAGAAUUGGCCUGGUGAAAUACACCGAUGAGCAACAAGUUGUAUCUCUUCUGAACACGGACACACACAAAGCUGAAAUUCUGCAGAGAAUACAGGACCUUUCUGCUGGGCCAGGAAAAGCCAACACUGGUGCAGCUAUUAAUACCACAAGGCUAAAGCUCUUUACUGAAAGUGCUGGGAGCAGAAAGAAGCAAGGGGUAGAGCAAAUAGCUGUUCUGGUUACCCACAGACUCUCUCAAGACAAUGUGAGCAAUGUUGCUGCUCUUCUGCGGAGAAGUGGCGUGGCAGUGUUUGCCAUAGGUGUUGAAAAUGCUUCUGACCAAGAGCUGGUCCAAAUUGCAUCAUAUCCUCAUGAGCAAUAUGUUACCGGUCUCAAGGCAUUUUCUGAUCUGCAAAAGCAGGGUACAAUUUUUCAAAAGAAGAUCUUGAAUCAAAUACAAAACAAGCUCUACGUCCACUCUGAAAGAAAAGAGAUUCUCAAAACAGGAUGCGUGGACACAGAAGAAGCUGAUAUUUAUUUGCUUGUUGAUGGUUCAUCGAGUCUUGAUUAUUUGGACUUCCUGGAUAUGAAGAAAUUUUUGAAGGAAAUGAUUAGACUCUUUAACAUAGGACUGAAUAAAGUUCGAUUUGGACUUGUGCAGUUCUCACACAUAAAUGAACCAGAAUUUGAACUUAAUAAAUACAAGACAACACGUGAUUUAAUAAAAGCUAUUGAUAAUGUCCGGCAAAUAGGUGGAAAUACCAGUACAGGGGGAGCUCUAACUUACAUGAGGCUAUUGUUUGAAAAUGCCAGGAAGCAGCGUGGAGUUACAGUACCUUGCCACCUGGUUGUUCUUACGGACGGAGAGUCACAGGACAGUGUGAAAGAACCAGCUAUGAAACUCAGAGAAGACCGGGUUAACAUUUAUGCCAUUGGUGUAAGAGAAGCUAAUAAAACGCAGCUUUAUGAGAUUGCAGGAACAGAAAACAGGGUGUACUUUGUACACAGUUUUGACUUACUGGGAGACAUUAAAAAUGAAGUUAUCCGAGAGAUCUGUUCUAAAGAAGCCUGCAAGAAAAUGAAAGCGGACAUCAUGUUUCUAGUGGACAGUUCUGCAAGUAUUGGAAACGAGAAUUUUCUGAAAAUGAAAAGCUUCAUGAGAGGGCUAGUGAACAAAACGGAUGUUGGUGCAGACAGAGUGCAGAUUGGCGUUGUCCAGUUCAGCCACGAACCAAAGGAAGAGUUCCAGCUUAACACCUACUCCACCAAGAGAGAGAUCUUCAGUGCUAUUGAUAGGAUAUCACCCCUUCAGGCCAAUACUUUGACAGGAGAAGCACUGAAGUUCAUGCCUAAAUAUUUUCAAGCUAGUAGCGGUUCACGUCCCCAAGUUAAAAAAAUUCUCAUCCUGGUCACAGAUGGGGAAGCACAGGAUGAAGUUAAAGCCCCUGCCACAGCACUCCGAGAGGAAGGCAUUAUUAUCUACUCUGUGGGAGUUUUUAACGCAAACAAAACUCAGCUUGAAGAGAUUAGUGGGAAGCGUGAGAUGGUAUUUUAUGUUGAAAAUUUUGAUAUUCUAAAACAGAUAAAAAGUGACCUCAUUUUUGACAUUUGCAGUAGAUCUCCUGAAGCUGAUUGUAAAAGGGUGGAACGUUUAGACAUUGUGUUUGUGAUAGACAGCUCUGGAAGCAUAAGUUCCUCACAGUACCAGGCCAUGAAAGACUUCAUGACUGCUUUGGUGAAUAAGUCUGACGUCAGCCCAGAAGGAGUACAGUUUGGAGCAUUAAAAUAUUCUCAUCAGCCAGAAGCACUCUUCUAUCUCAACAAAUAUACUACAAAACUGGAGAUAACUGAGGCUAUCCAGAGCGAUCAGCCGAUAGGACAAUCAACUUACACAGCGAAGGCACUGAUCUAUUCGGAAACCUUCUUCACUGAGGCGCACGGCAGCCGCAAGAGCAGAAGAAUUCCCCAGGUGCUGAUAGUGAUAACCGAUGGGGUAUCCCAUGACACAGACAUGCUGAGUGAGGUGGCCCAGAGAUUGCGGAACAAAGGAAUUAUCAUCUACGCAGUUGGAGUAGAAGGAGCAAAUCGAAACGAGCUUCUAGCAAUGGCCGGAUCAGAAGACAAAUGUUUCUAUGUGGAUACAUUUGAAGGACUUGAAAACUUAACUGGAAAUAUAACAAGUGACAUAUGCGAUCUUUCACCGCCACGUAAGCGCAUUCUUGCUAUUGAUAUUAUUUUCUUAAUGGAUGGUUCCAGAAACAUAGAUGAGGAGAACUUCAGGAUGAUGAAGGACUUUGUGAAAAGUGUGGUUGAUCCAGCUGUUACUGUUCAAAAUACCAAAAUUGGAAUUGCCCAGUACAGCAAUGACUAUGAAGAAGAGUUCAGCCUGGGCAUGUUUUUGAACAGAUCAGACCUAGAAUUUAAAAUUCAAAGCAUCAAACAAAUUAAAGGACAUCAAAGUAAUCUUGAAAAUGCACUUGAGAAAGUAAAACUCUACUUCCAACCAGAAAAGGGUAGCAGAAUAUAUGAAAAUAUCCAACAGAUUUUACUGAUAAUCACUGCUGGACCAACAACUGGGAGAGCUGCUAGAGCAGCAGAAAGCCUGAGAAAGAGAGGUGUUGAUAUAUAUGCCAUAGGCAUGGGAAACAUUGAUCACUCCCAGCUAACGCAGAUAACGGGGACACCAAGUAGGAAGUAUGCCGUUGAUAAUUUUUCUGACUUGCGGACCAUAAAAAAAAGACUGGUUGAUGUUAUUUGCGAAGAUGAUAACAGAAAAGCUUGUUUGGUGGAUAUCACUGUGGGAUUUGACAUCUCAUCACAGAGGGAAGGCCACCACUUAUUUCAUGGACAGACCAAACUGGAAAAGCAUCUCCCUAAGAUUCUGCAAGCCCUCCUAUCACUAAGGGAUGUGAGCUGCAACGCUGGGUCAAAGGCACAGAGCAGUGUGGCUGUUAAGGUGGAAAAUACCAUUACUCCUGUAUCUGUAAAGUUCCACGUUGACAGCGAAUCUAUCCUAAGUAACCUAACAGAUGCUGUGAUCAAGACACCAUCCCGACUUAAUGUUGAGUUCUUGCAGUCACUCUGGGAAACGUUUCAGAAUGAGGGUGAGACUCGGCAAAAGGUAUUACUUGUGUUUUCAGAUGGUGUCGAUGAUGACUUAGAAGCUCUUGAACAGAAAUCGGAAGAACUUAAAAAGAAAGGUUUGGAUGGACUUAUAACUGUUGUUCUGGAAGGAGCCUCCAGUUUUGAGAAACUUCGAUCCAUUGAGUUUGGAAAAGGAUUUGAAUAUGGUACUCACUUAGAUAUUGGCAUGACUGAUAUUGCCAGCAGGCUGUCCAAGUUCUUGAACAAUAUUGCAGAGAGGACCUGCUGCUCCGUGUCUUGCAAAUGUAUUGGGGAGGAAGGUGAAACUGGAAAUGGAGGAAAACAAGGGAUAAAGGGACCCAAUGGUGUUAAUGGAAACCCAGGACAUUUUGGAGAUGAAGGAGAAGAGGGAUUUCGAGGAUUUGUUGGAAAAAUGGGUGACAAAGGGGAUGAUGGGGUUGAUGGAAUUAGAGGAGCAGAGGGAUCUCCUGGGGUUCCUGGAAAGAAAGGAGAAAAGGGUGACAUUGGAUAUCUGGGCUCUCCAGGGCCAAGAGGACCCCGUGGUGGUCGUGGUCAGAAGGGCUUUCAAGGAGAUUCUGGUGACCCUGGCCUGAACAAUGAGAUAGAGGGAGCAAAAGGCUUGAAAGGAGAAGACGGGGAAAAGGGAGUCAAGAGCUUGCAGCUCAGGGUAUCAGUCCGAAUCAUGAGGCACUCCUUUGCAACUACUAUGGUGAAAGAGGACAGCACGGCUCAUACGGCUUGCCAGGAGCAGUGGGCAACACGGGAAUACCAGGUCAAAGAGGACAAUGGGGACCAGAGGGCAAUCGCGGACAGCGUGGGCAGGAGGGCUUGCAAGGAAAGCAAGGAUACAAAGGACCUCAGGGACAAAAAGGAAUGCGAGGUCAGAAAGGACAGAAAGGAAGACCAGGAUAUAAAGGUCCUCCAAGUGAACCGGGAGCUGUGGGUCCUGCAGGGAGUCCUGGGAUUCCUGGGGAAACAGGAAAUAAAGGCGAAGUUGGGGACAAAGGAAUCGCAGGGGAAAAUGGACCGAAAGGUUAUAGCGGAAGAAUGGCAAGGGAUUUCGGGACCUGCUGGACCAAUAGGCAAUCCCGGAGAGCAUGGAUUUCCAGGACGCAGGGGGAGUAAAGGAUUGAAGGGGCAAGCCUUAUAUUCUCCAUGUGAACUCAUUGACUAUGUUCGCAGACACAGCCGUUGCUGGGAUGGAAAAAUGAAGUGCCCACUAUAUCCAACAGAACUGGUGUUUGCCUUAGACAUCUCUAGGACUGUCACCCCUGAGAUAUUUGAACGAAUGAGAGAGAUUGUAAUAGCAAUAGUGAAUCAGGCCAGAAUCAGAGACAGCAACUGCCCAGUGGGAGCCAGAGUCGCUGUCAUUUCCUACAACUUGGAUACCCACUACCUGAUCCGCUUCUCAGAGUUUCGCAACAAGAAUAAGCUUCUCAAUGCACUAAAAAAUAUUCCUUAUCAGAGAUCUGCGGUUGAACGGGAUGUUGGCAGUGCAAUGAGUUUCAUUGCCAAGAAUGUUUUCAAAAGAACUCUCCAAGGUCCUAAUGUAAGAAAAAUAGCUGUGGUUUUUAGCCAUGGGCCAGCUGAAAACGCGUCUUCUGUUAAACAAGCUGUCCUGGAGAUGAGUGCAGUGGAAGUCAUUCCGGUAGUUUUUGCUUUUGAAGACACACCCCAUAUUUCUCAGGCUUUCCUGAUGGAUGAUUCUGGCUUGUUUCAGGUGCUAAAUAUUCGUGGUGAGCCUUAUGAUGAAACCUUACAAAGAUUUAAUCUCUGCACUCUGUGCUACGACAAAUGUAACCCAAAUGCUUUUUGUGAACGUCCCAGGCCCCGUUUACCAAGGGCAUAUGUGGAUGCUGCAUUCGUUUUGGAUAGCUCACAGAAAAUGAGUGGCGCUGAAUUUGAGAAAGUUAAAGACUUCAUAAGCAAAGCAAUCACUGUAUUCAGCAUUUCCUCUGAUCCAAAAACCUCUGUUGUAGGGGAUAGAAUAGCUGUGGUGAGCCACGCACUACCAGAUUUCCAACCGGGUACAGGGAGCAGGCCAGUAAAGAAAGAAUUUGACUUGCUUACCUACAGCAGUGAAGAGCAAAUGAGAAAAUAUCUUAAAGAAUCUCUUCAUCAGCUCAAUGGAGAGGCUGCUGUAGGCUACGCCAUACAAUGGGCAAUGUUUAAUAUUUUCUCAGACAUUCCCAAUCCAAGGCAGCUCAAGGUUAUUGUCAUUGUAUCUGCUGGAAAAACAAGUCAAUGGGACAGGAAAACACUAAAGAGAAUUUCCCGGGAAGCUAAGUGCCAAGGCUAUGCACUGCUUGCAAUUUCACUAGGAAAGUCCUAUGACAGAAAUGAACUGGAAGAGCUUGCAAGCACUCCUCUGGAACAGCAUUUGGUUCAGCUCGGCAGAAUCGACAAGCCAGCCCUUGACUAUGCGAUGAAGUUUUUGAAGCCGUUCAUACAUUUCCUCAAGAGUAGCAUCAACAACUACCCACCAGAAGAGCUCAAGGCAAAGUGUAACAGCUUCAGCUUUCAGACCAAAAGAUCUAUUUUUGAAAAAGAGAGGAUGUCUGCGGACCAUGCCAUCAAAGAGGCUACUCCAUCCACUCUGCAGUUGUACCCAAGAGGAAUGUUUGAGGCUGAUAGAAAAUUUACUCCUUCAGAAAUAAAAGCUUCCAAGAAAAAACAGAACUGA